UAUGACUCCUGUCGAACAGCGUCUCGUGGCCCAGUCUAGUGAUUAUAAUAGACGCCCUACAGAAACAAGCCUUGUGUUGUUUUCCUGCUCGCCUCUGAAGCAGCUGAGACCUGCCGUGGCCCUGAAAAAGCGGAGCAGCUGGAUGAGGAUGAGGAUGGUGCAGCUCUUGAUCUGAGAGGUAUUAAUAGGAGGGUUUGAGUGUCAGGCUUUCACUUGGAGACCGGGGGGCUCGGUGGAGAUACCCACGGUGGACAGCGGGCUUCUGCUGGAGGGGUUCCGAUCCAGACUGCGCAGUUGGAAUAAAGAAGAAAAAGCUGCUCAUCAGCCAUGGAAAACGUGCUGGCAGUUCUUAAUCUGGGCGAUUUUGCCCAUGCGUUCUCCAAAAUGGGAAUGUUUCCCGUCUUUGAUGUCGCUUAUUACAUCGUUUCCAUCCUUUACCUUAAAUAUGAGCCAGGCUCAGUUGAGGUUUCUCGUAGGAGUCCCGUGGCCUCUUGGCUCUGUGCCAUGCUCUACUGCUUUGGCAGUUACAUCCUAGCAGACAUCAUGCUUGGAAGCAGCCCCAUCGACUAUUUCCAACACAACAGUCACAUCUUGCUGGCAUCAGCUGUCUGGUAUCUCAUCUUUUACUGCCCCCUGAACCUUUUCUAUAAAUGCGUGGCCUUCCUGCCGGUCAAACUGGUUCUGGUCGCUCUGAAGGAGGUCGUCCGCACCCGUAAGAUUGCUGCAGGUGUUCACCACGCCCACCAUGCCUACCAUCAUGGUUUCUUCAUUAUGGUGAUUGUCGGAUAUGUCAAAGGAUCUGGAGUAGCCCUUAUGUCCAAUUUUGAGCAGCUGCUGCGCGGUGUGUGGAGGCCUGAGACCAACGAGGUCCUCAGCAUGUCAUUCCCAACUAAGGCCAGCCUGUAUGGAGCAAUCCUUUUCACACUGCAGGAAGCUCACUGGCUGCCUGUGUCCAAGAGCACCCUCAUCCUUGUUUUCACCCUCUUUAUGGCCACGUGCAAGGUGGUGAUGACCGCCCGUCACUCUCAUGGCUCUCCCUUCACGCUCAUUGAAUCCUGGGUUUGCCACCUGCUGUUCGGUUCUCCUCUCUCCACCAAUGAGGAAGACAACCACCAUGCUCCUGCCGCCGCUGCACCAACUUCUCCUCUGAAAAGCAAAGAGGAGCUGAGUGAAGGCGCUCGCAAGAGGAAGGCCAAGAAAGCCGAGUAGGACAUCACGAAACUGUGUCUGAUUUUCCCGGACAUUGUCUGCGUGAUGGGACCUCCUGUUCCCUUUUCGGAGGAGCGAGGCAGUUUGUUCUUUCUACAAAGAGCCUUUCUGUUGGAGCAACACGGUGCUUUCAUUUUACAUAGGUGGAGGACUCUGUAAAUACCAAGGAAAAGGUCUCACACCACAACCUGACCUGGAUUUGUAUUUGUGUGUGAACAGCUGUGCUGACUCAGGAGCGGCGUGGUCUCAUUAGGACGACCACGGGUCCUCAUCGGUGUUACAGGAUGUAGGUGGUUUCCUUUUAGUCCGUGAAAGUAUUUUAAAAGUUCAGGAAGGAAAUAAAAUAAAUUCAUUUUGAAUCAUUCAGAAAUGUAAAUGAGAACAAAGCAUUAUGUGAAAGAACAGUUUUGCUUUUUACACUGAAAAAAAAGAGAUUUUCUUUAUCUUUAAAUAAAAUAAAGAAAAACAUUGAA